UUUUUAAUUGAAGAAUGUGGAUAUAAUUUUGGAAAAUCAUUUAAAAGUGUUGAGUCGGUUAAUUAUGGUAUAGGCUUUGAAAUGGGGAAAUUAAUGGUUUGGGGGUGUUGUGAAGUAAUUCAAAAAGUUGAGGAAUUGGAUAUUAAAUUGGAUGCUUUAUGGCAAGCAAUGGUUUAUUGUUUUUUGAAGGAAAAUGGGAAUGAGAAAAAAUCAAAACACCAUCAGCAACACCUUCUAGUCCCUUUUUCAAUUGGAAAGCUUUAUAUUGGCCCGAAAUUGUUAAAAAAUGAGUUGGAAGUUGAAAAGGAUUUAAGAAUGCAUUUUUCAAUUAAAUUGGAUGAAGGAAUGGCUAGAGGAAAUUUUUGGAUUGAAAAGAAAGGAAAUAAAAAUGGAGGAGAGAUUUUGAUGUUUGGAGAAGAUUUGCUUUUUAGAAAGCUGGAUGUUGGAGAAAUUGAUAAGAAUGAAAUGAAAAUUAAUAAUAAUUUUGAUUCUGAUAAAAAAGGCAUUGAAGUUGUAAUAAGUUCAAUUGCUUGCCGACUGCCUGGUAACAUCAACUCUCCUGAUCAGUUUUGGGCAUUACUCAAGGAGGGUAGAUGUACUAAUCAACGAAUACCAACCACUCGAAUAGCUGAAAGGAAUUCCCUUAUUCGAGGGGAAUUUAAUGGAGGAAAUGUUCCAGUUGAGGGUGGCCACUUUCUUAAUUUUGAUUUGGCCCGUUUUGACGCCAAUUUCUUCGGGCUCUCAGCCUUGGAAGCAUCUGCAUUAGACCCUCAACAACGCCUCUUGCUAGAAUGUGCUUGGGAAUGUGUAGAACAGGCAGGCUUUAAUUCCCCAAAGGACUUGGAGCAGUGUGGAGUUUUUAUUGGAUUUAUGAGUAAUGAAUACCCAGAUUUGUCUGAACAACAAGGCAACGCGCUUCAAAUGUUGGGAACAUCGGCAUCCGCAUUUUCUGGACGUUUGGCACAUUUUUUGGAUUGCAGGCAAAUUUUUUGGAGAAUUUCUUUGAUUUUCAUCAAAAAAAAAUUUUUUUCUAGAGGCCCAACACUUUCUAUAGACACAGCCUGUUCUAGCUCACUUGUAGCCUUACAAUUGGCAGUAGAAGCAAUUAGAACGGGGCGAUGUCCUAGAGCAAUAGUUGGAGGAGUUAAUUUAACCCUCACAGCUAAGGGAUUGGCACAACGUGCAAACGCUGGAAUGUUAUCAGAAGACGGGUGCUGUCGAGCUUUUGAUAUUGAUGCCAAUGGAUAUGGACGAUCUGAUGGUUGUGUUGUAAUGAUAAUAGAAGGUGCAGUUGAAUGUGGACAUGAUGGCCGUAGCGCAGCACUGACAGCCCCAAACGGCCUAUCUCAACAGCAAUUACUUGCUAGAUGCCUAGAACAGCUAAAUCCAGAAAAGAGACGUUCUCUUCGCUGUUGGGAGUGCCAUGGGACUGGAACGGCACUUGGCGAUCCUGUGGAGUUUUUAGCAUUGGCAAAGUCUUUGAAUUCUUGUGGAUUAACUAAAGGUGUCUGGCUUGGGACUGCAAAAGCAAAUAUUGGGCAUACAGAGGCAGCUUCCGGUCUUGCUGUGCUGCAAUUAAGAAAUGCCGAAAUGCCUCCUUUACCUAAUUUUAAAAGAAUGAAUCCCGAAAUUGUUCGAGGAAUGGAAGCUAAUGGCUGGGGAGAUUAUGAGAAUGAUAAUUGGCCUGUUCGCCUAGCUGUUAGAAAAUCUGUCGAUAUAUUGAGUGAAGGAGAAGAUAAACAAACACUGCUAGCCGGCGUAAGCUCCUUUGGAGUUUCUGGAACUAUUGCUUGUGCUAUUAUUUCAUUAAAUCGGACAAUAGAAACAAGACAAAUUCAACAAUUACAUUAUCAACUAAAACAGCAAUGUUCUAAUAAAUGGCAAAGAAUAUUACCCUUGGCCACUCAUUCAGAAAAUUCAAUGAAAAAAUUUUUGGAAAAAUAUUUAAAAUUUUUGAAAAAUGAAAAGGAAUGGAAUUUCAAUGAAAUUUGUGUGGCAGCAAGUUAUUUAAGAGGGAAGAAUGUUAAAAACCCUCCUUUAAAUGUGAGGGCUGUUAUAAUCCUUCCUGACGUGGAUGGGUCUAGUGAAGUAUUGGAGGAGGAACCUAUUAUUGUUAGAAAGGACACCCUCACAUCCAUCAAUUAUCGUCUUGGUUUUUGGCCUAAAAUUGCCUGGACAUUGUAUGAACAAGUGCCAGCCUACAAAAACGCUUUAGAAUUGUUUCUAAAUAAAUUGGGAAUAAAUAAACAAAUAAAAGAGAUUAGAAAUCCUUCUAUAAUUAAAUUGGCCGAUGCUUUUGGACGUUUUAAAAUGUUAAAAGAAUUUGGAAUAAUUAAGGAAGAAGAUGAAAUAAUUAAUAAAAAUAAUAAUUUGGCAAUUAAUUUAUUUAGAGAAUUAAUUUGGGCGAAAGAAGAAAAUGAAUUCACAAAAGAUAAAAUUAUUAGAUGUAUUGAGGAAAUAAAAAAGAAGAGAAAUAAUGAAGAGGAAUAUGCAACCACAAAACAACCCAACAAACUAACACCAACUUCAUCAAAUAAAUUAAUUAUUGGACCAACCCAAUCAGAUCUAGAAUAUUCAUUUGCCUCAAUAGAAACUCCCUCUGAUCUACAACAAUUAAUAUCUUUCAGUUUUUGUACUGGAAAGGAAAUAAAUUGGCCAAAAAUUUACCAAAUCCCAACAAAAUAUUUGCCCUUAUUAAAUUUAAUUAAUUUACCAAAAUAUUCCUUUGACCGCCAAAAACGUUUUUGGACUUUAAAAGAUGAUUUUAACUUAAAUAAGGAUGAUGGAUGCCAUCCGCUUUUGGGAAAUUGUGUUAAUCGAGGGAAUGAUUUGAUUAAAUUUGAAUCUCUUUUGUGUGAGAAAAGAAUGCCUUGGUUGAUUUUUAAUGUAAAAAUUUUUUUAAAAUUAUUAUAG